AUGUUCAACUUCAGAAGCAUCCUGAAGAUACUACAGUUCCUGAAAUUAUUAAUUUUUUAUUUUUUUGAGAGUUUAAUCUCAUUCAUACUCCCCCCAUGCAAAAAAACUUUUGCAGGGGAAAUUGUGCUUAUUACUGGCUCCGCAAAUGGGAUUGGAAGGCAGAUUGCCUUAAAGUUUGCUCGGUUGGAAGCAACCUUGGUUCUCUGGGACAUUGAUGAUGAAGGUAACGAAGAAACAAGGAGAUUAGCCCAAGAAAAUGGAGCUAAACGAGUGUUUGCCUACCACUGUGACUGCAGCAAUAGGGAGGAGGUCUAUAAACAGGCAGACAAGGUUAGAGAAGAAGUUGGGGGUGUUACUAUUCUAAUCAAUAAUGCUGGCAUAGUGCUUGGGAAAAAGUUCUGGGACAUUCCAGAUGAAGAUUUUGAAAAGACCUUAAGAGUCAACUUCCUCUCUCAAGUCUGGACUUGCAAGGCCUUUCUUCCAGCCAUGAUGACCUAUAACCGUGGACACCUGGUUAGCACAGCCAGUAUAGCAGGACUCUUGGGACUCUACAGAGCAUCAGAUUAUACUGCCAGUAAAUCUGCAAUCAUUGGAAUGCUGGAAACCUUAGAUUGGGAACUGUAUUAUGCAGGAAAACGAGGCAUUAAAACCACAAUCGUUUGCCCUAAUUUUGUUAAUUCUAAAUUAAUUAGAGGUUAUCAAAGCCAAUGCCCCCUUUUAUCUCCUGUGUAUGAACCAGAGUAUGUAGCCAGCAAGAUUGUGUCUGCAAUCCAAAAGGAACAGUUUUAUCUAAUCUUGCCUCCGACUUUACGCGUUCUUGGUUUCAAAACUUUCAUUCCUAGAAAAAUAAUGCUACUUAUCUUAUCCUGCCUGAAGAUCCCCAACAGCAUGGAUAAAGCCUUCGGUCGAAAGAAAAAGCAUUGA